UUACUGUGUCAUCGGUGGGGAACUUUUUACCUGUGUUGUGCCUAAAUACAAGCUUGAAUGACAUAACAUUUCGAUAUUAUGUUUUUAAAUCCUUUAACAUUUAGUAGCAAAGGGCGGCGUCAAGCUAGCUAGAAUAAGCCGCCAGGAUUUCAAAACAAAAGCGGGGAAGUCACCACUGUUGGGACACACGUUCAGGGUCCAGUAUGCCGAAGGCCCAGCCUUGCUUGAGCGAGCACAGUCCUUGUGCUGCAUCCAGCAAGAAUGCUAAAAAUAAGAGCAACAGUAUGACGCUGAUGGCAAUACGUGAAACUAAAGACACAAACGACUCCAGUGGAAGGGGCUCCCGCUGCAGUUCAGAAAAAGACUCGGGCUACUCUGACGGCUCAGACUGGCAGCAGACGGAUGUGGACGACCAGCGGAGCAACAAAAGCCAGUCCAAAGGCAGCGGGCAUGCAGAACCUUCACAGCCAGGUCGAACCAAAGACCUCGGUAAUCCUGGGAAUCCUACGCUGAUGCCAGCAGGCCGCGAGCUCCCACCCAUCUACAUCAUCAACAACAUUGUGCUUAAGCAGCUAAGUGUAGGCGCAGACAGUGAGCCGGACAUGAUCCAGAAAAGAGGUCAGUUGCCCCAGAGAAAUGGAAGCAGGGAAACGGGCACUUCUGGUGCUGCCCAUAUGAUCCUUCUCCAGCAGCCGAGCUUGUCGCCGGCCACCCUCGACCUUCACAAUCCCGUGUCCCAGAAGUCCAACGUCCCAAGGAAGAAAAUAAUUGGCACUUACCUGCCCAUUCUCAACUCCUACCCCCGCAUUGCGCCACACCCCAGCAAGAAGCCGCCUGAUAAAUCUUCAAAUGAUGAAUCACUGAAUCUGAGCAAGAGGGAGUGCACAGAACCUAAGAGUGAUGAGCAGCAGCUUUAUGAGCAACCCAAAUCAGCAAUCCUAACCCAUGGGCUGCCAUGUUCCUCUUCAACCAGAGAUGGUCCGUCCUCCUCCAGUGCCACUACAGUCUCCCCGAGCCAAGGCUCCAAAUCUGGGUCCAGUCUGUACACCAGCUCCUCCAUCCUCCCAAGCAGAGGACUUCACAGAAACAACCCCACCAGCACUCGCAACCGCCGCUUCCUCAACACAGUAGAAAUCCUCAGACAAUCAGGUCUUUUGGACAUUACACUGCGCACGAAGGAGCUGCUGCGCCAGAGCAACGCCACCGAGCAGAACAUUGCCCAGCUGCGCCAGCACACAGAGCUUCUGUGCCAGGCUGCCAGCGACCUCGGCUGCAACCUGAGCGGCAUCACAGCCUGGGAACAUCUACACCGAGCUAUGGCCGAGUCCGGCAGCUACCCCAACCUGGAAAUCCUGCAAAAUUUACAAUUCCCGUGUCAUCUACCUUCUGUCGGUCAACCGGCGAGUCUUUCCGCAGGUGACGUCAACAGGCCACUAGCUGCUGAGAGCUCAGAGGAGCCGGCGUCUCGCCUUCUCACCACUAUGCUGCACCCAAACUCAGGAGAAUUCUGGCAGCUCGAGGCCGGUGGUAAAUCCUCAGAGAACGUCAUCUUUAUGUCUCCUGACAGUUCUACCGGUUAGCUUCAGUGCCUUUUUUAAAGUGUGAGGGAGUACUCAGGGCUCACUUGUGGAUAUUAUGGGUUGUUUGUUCAUCCCUAGUUAUUUAAACCUAGUUUUAUAGGGAUUGCGCAGAAAUAUCUCUCCAGGUCAAUGGGAAUCCAACAAUAUCUCAAGGUUAUGCUGCAGUACAAGUUGUGUGUCCAGUUGCCUUAAGUGCUUCCCCAGAAUGAAGUGUCUGAAAGCGUAUCCCAAUUAAGUCAGUCAAGUACAAUGCAAUCCCGAGGCACCACUUUAUGUCAUCGCUGACGUUAGAGAACCACACUGAAGAGUAAAAACGUGUUUAUCACACAGGUGGCACUACAGUAUACGUUUUUAUCAGUUCAGUUUGUUCCGCUGUCACGACACAAAUCCAUCUCCUGGUAGAUAAAUGUUUUCUCAUGACGUGCUGCACCAGAGGGAGAGCCAGCACUCUAAACAAGGUGAUAACCAAGAUUGGUGCCUCCUUUUUUUUUUUUUUAACAACACAGCUGAAACUAAAGGCUGCCAGAGAAAUGGCACUUGUAGCACUUAAGGCACAACUGUGCGCACAAUGCUGCAGAGCAAAUCUCUCCUGUAUCACAAACUGCACUACACUGGACUGCUGCGAGGACUUCUAUCCAAAUGCUCGUCAACAAAGCCUUAAAACCCCUUUUUCACAUCAUCACAGGUUCUCAUAUCAUAUUCAUUUUAUAUGCAGCACACAUCUUAUAGUAAUGGAAGCAAAUCAUCCGCUGAAUGUAUGAAUUCAACACGGCGUCUCCAAGAUAAUCAGUAAUCCUGUCAUGCAGCAGCUUUGUAAUCCGAUUUUACGUUCUUGAUAUUCUUCUUUUUUUGUUGCAACGAGCCUCUAACUGUUGGUGUUAUGUGUUCUUCUGUUUCAGUCGGAGAUGGAGCACAGUUUGCUUUGAGAGUUUGAUUGUGUUUAAGUAUAAAAGUAUGUUGCCCAAGUGGUUACUUAUUACGUCUGUGAUUUUUCAUUUUUUUCUGUGUGCUUGUGCAAUAUGUCAGACAUCACUGCCAGCAAUGCACACAUUUCUGAUGUGUUUAAAGUUUAUUUUUUAACAUUUUAAGGUAUUUGAAUAAAGCAAUAUGUGAAGAAUA